AUUAAUAAUUAGAUUAGAUUAUUAAUCUGGUGAGUAAAAAUGAACCGUGAUAAUAUUAAUAAUCAGAUUAGAUUAAAUUAAAUCAGAAUAAUCUGGUGAGUAUAGAUCUACAGUGAUAUUAAUACUAAUUAUUACAUUAAGUUAUAUUAUAUUGUAUUAUAUGAUAUCAGACUAGAUUGGAUUAUUAAUCUGGUGAGUAAACAGAGAGAGAUGUACAGCAGAGCUCCCAGAGUGACCCAGCUGAGCUCAGGCGGAUCCACCAGCAGCGCCGUAGGACCCGGAUCUUACCCCAUACACGCCAACACACCUACACGCGAGUGUUAUGCUCCGUUCCUGUCUCUCUCCAAUAGGCUGUCUGUAUUUGACGCUGUGGGCGGGGCUUCUCCUGGUCCAGGGCAGUACAACAUUGGGGGGAUCAGAGUAUCUGGUGCUGGAGGUGUGUCGCUGCAGAAUCGUUCUAAGCGGUUUGAGGAGACGCAGUCAGACGGUCCGGGACCAGCAGCGUAUAACAUCCCCCACACACCUGCUCACACACACACACCUGCAGAGCGCAGAAACAAGCGUGUAGAGUUGCUGUCCUACUCCGACGCUCCCUCCAUUCCCUCCCCUGGACAAGCGUUUGGUUUUGAGGAGAAUGAGCACAGUGCCCUCUGCAGAAACAAACCCCCCGACAUCGACCACUCACUAGGACCAGCAUACUACAGCCCAGCCAAGGUAAAACAAAAGUAUAAAGGUGUUCCCUUUAGUUGGAUGACGGAGAAGCGGGCGGAGUUAAAGCUGGUUGAAGGCCCUGGACCAGGACAGUACUCUCCUGAGGAGGAUCACAGGGUGCAGUAUGAGAAUGUAAAUCUGAGGAGAGAUGUGAGGAGUCGAGCUGAGUUGCAGGUCCCCAGAUACCACCAGCUGCUCCCCCUGCAGGAGGAAAAGAAGGGUGUUCCAGGACCUGGUCAGUAUGAUGUUAAAGGUCAGUUUGAGAAGCACACUGACCCCGCCGGAGCCACCGUGCCCAAAGCACCGUUCAUGUCCCUGACAGAGCGCUUCAGUCCAGUGAAGCAGGUGGCGCCCCCUGUAGGCUCGUAUAAUGACCCGCGCUCUGCCCUGGAGAGCCUGAAAAAAAACAGCGGACUGAAGCGCAGUCCCUUCAACCUGACUGCAGCUCGCUUCACCCUGGAUCACAGAACACACUCUACACCAGGUCCUGGAGCGUAUAAUGUGUUUGAGUUGGGUCUGGCCCACGAGAGUCUGAGGAGAGUGCUUGUGGAGAACACAAGGAAGGGUGUGUUUGGCUCCUGCGCUGAGCGAGCGCUCCAGCUCAACAACAAAGAGGGGAACAGCCCAGGACCCUCUCACUACACCAUAGAAAAGGACACCAAGGAGUUGUAUAAGCAGCAGCCCACUGCAGUGUUCAGAUCAACCACAGAAAGGCUCAACACUGCGCUGCCCAAUAAAGACACGCCCCCGCCCAGCAGGUAUGAUGUGCAGGUAGCGUUUGAAAAGGUGUGUGGUUGGCGGCAGCAUGGGAAACCCCGCACCGAUGGAGCUCGCAAACGCCACAACUCCUUCUUAAGCUCCGCCCCCAGAGGCCUUACCUUCCUUCACACUGACUUACAUGUCCCAGGUCCAGGUCAUUACAGUCCUGAGGUAAAGUCCACUCCAAAGCUGGCUCUGAUUGGCUCUCGGGAAGAUCGCUUCAAACAGCCUAAACACAUAACACCCGGACCAGGAACAUACACGCUGAGUCCAGCAGUUCAGGACACUCUUCUGAAGGGAACGUUUAACGUGACUCUCCGUAACCCACUGAUGUCACAAGCUCUAACUUCGCCCCCACAGACUGCCAUGGCAACACCCUUUGUUUUCAGCAGCACAGAUCUUCAUCAGAGUCUUCCUCAGGACGUGGAGAACCCUGCAGCUGAUCUUCAGCAGGAGAGGAACUGUGUUUAAGUCCUGUAGAUAAUCCACAGUAAUAAACUAGAAGGACAAAAGUUUUGGGACAACUGCUCAUUUAAAUGUCUUGUGAAAUUAAUGUUGUUAUUACAGAGUUUAUAAUUAACACAGAUAAUGAUAAUACUGAUAAUGAACAGUUAUUUAACACAGGAAGUAAACACUAGUAAUAAACUAAAUGCUGAUAAUGAA